AUGGGGAAAGAAUACGAAGCUAAAAUUUCUGAACUGAAGAGACCAAAUAUAAGAAUAUACGAUGUUGAAGAUGAAAUGGAAGGUUGUGAAUUGUUAAAUGCAUUAAAAAAUCAGAACCCAGAAAUAGUCAAGGCGGAUUCUAAAAUUGAGAGGUGUAGAGUACAUGAGUAUUUGGCAUUAUCGCGAUGCAUGAAAUGUUAUUCGUAUGACCAUUGGAGUGAAGCGUGUAAAGGUGGAAAAAUAUGUGUAAAAUGUGGAGGGAAUCAUCUGGCAAAGGACUGUAAAGCGGCAGCAAUACAAUGCAUGAAUUGUGUGAAGGCAAACGGUAAGCUACAAUUAAAUUUAGAUUGUAGCCACAGUGUACUCAGUAGCGAGUGUCCUGGUUAUCAAAGAAGAAUGAGCAUGAAAAGAAGAACAAUUAUGUAUGAAAGCAUAUAGCAAUCCAAAACAAAGGUAAAUGAAUCUAA